AGAUCGUAUAUUUUGUCGAUAAAUCCGCGGUCACACUUAGCAAAACAUAAACACGAUUAAAUAAGUGUGUUAUCAAAAUUAGUUGUUUAAUUAAAGUUAAAGUUAAAAUUUAAAUCAAAUUUCAUACAAUUAUUGAGUUGAAGAAAUUGGAUGAAACUUUGUUUGCCAAUCUGGCGGCAUCAGCUUUGCCAGCAAAAUUCUGAAAAGGUUUGGAUGCCAAACGGACUGUUCUACCUUCUAUUUGACAUACCUUGCCCAGCACGAUAGCAGCCGAAUCACGAAGGUGACGAGCCCCUCUCCAGCCCGCCCCUAUAACACAGACAGAUAAACUCCCACCCCCGCCUGAGCCGUGGGACGGUCAGAGAGAAACAAGUGCAUCCGACGACGAGGCAGCAACAGCAUAGCAUCGUAAUUAAUCAACUACGUUAACAUAGAGUCGCGUUUGGCUAUUCAUGCAGCACAGCACAGCAAAGCAGCAGCAGCAACCAGUGCGAGAAGGGCGUGCCAAUCAAUUUACGGUUAUUGCUAAAAGUUGGCCGGACCAACGAGUGGUAAAGGGCAGAGGCAGAGCGUAAAAAACGCCCAUAAACAAAAGUCUUAAAUCAACAACAGGAGCGGAAGCAGACAACGCUUCGCGAAAAUAUUUAAAUAUAUGCAAACGUCCUUGGGCCGUCGACGUCAGCAGAGCAGGAACAGCAGCAGGAGUCGCAGCAGGACCAGGGACAACAGGCGAAGGGCCAAUAACGAGCCAACAGUAAGUUUCAGCAAAAGGUGCGCUCAAAAUAUGGCUGCCGCAGCUGCCACAUCUCCCGCCGCAGGAGCAGCAGCAUCAACAGCAGGAACGUCGGAAGGUCUCUCUCUUGGUGUUGGCAACGGUAUAGAGAUGCUCAAGGCCCUGUACGACUUUCAGGCGGUCUAUCCCAAGACAAUCAGCUUCGAUGAGGGCGAGUACUUCAUUCUGUACCAAACCUCCGCCCGCCAGCGCAAUUGGUGGCAGGUGGUCAGCAUGAAGGGCAACAUUGGUUUUGUCCCAUCAAAUUACGUAAUGAAGAUUAAGGUGGAGCAUGACUUCCUCAUCAGCUUUCUGAACUCGUCGAUUGAGUCGCUGGAGAAGUGUACAGACCAGGAGAUCAAUGGCAUCAUGUCCAAGGACGAACUGCUGGACCGGCUGCGCGAGAAGAAGAACACCAUGGAGAGGCUCUAUGCGGAGAGCUCGGAACGGGACGGUGACUCCUCGCUCUCAUACUCUCAGAGCUACAGCGAUAAAGUCAGCAGCCAUCGACACUCGCAUCCCCACCAGCAGCCCCAGUCCCAGUCGCAAACCCACUCGCACUCCCACAACCAGCACAGGCAUCACAGUCCGCCGCCCGCUGCCCAGCGGCUGGACAUGAGCCGAAAAAGCAUGUCGAGUCCGGCGGUCGGCUGCAGCCAGCCCCAGGGCCAGGCAAUGGUUGAGUCGCCCAGCAUGGGCAGCAUGCAGAUGCCGAGCAGCAGCUGCACCAUCCAGACACCGCAACAGCAACAGCCGCUGCCAGCACCGCCGCUAGUAGGCAGCACAGGCACAGCCGCAGCUGCAGCUGCCACAUCAACAAAGGCAACGAAUGUGGCAGCCGUGGCCGUGGCAUCUGUGGCUGCCGUGGCGGAUGUGGCACAGGACAACAGCAUCUCAGAGCCCUCAGAGACGACAACGACAACGACCACCACCAGCGAGGACGUGGUGACCACGUACAAGGAGACCAGUCAACUGAGCACAAGCCAGCAUCACAAGCCACCCAACGGAAGUGGCAGUACCGCCUCCGCAUCCGCCUCCACCUCUGCCUCUGGCAUGAAGAGGAGCAGUAGUGCCGGCAAUGCCAGCAUUGGCAGUGCAAGAAAUCACGAUGCGGAUGCAGAUGCGGAUGCGGAUGCGGCUGGUGACGAGCCGGACAGCACGCAGGAAAAGUCAGACGAUGCUAGUGCAGUGCCCAGCGAUGAUGUGGGCAACGCCAUCGCAGAUAGUGCUGACAAUAGCCAGGCCCUGGACAGCAUAGACAGUCCCUCGGCCUCGGCCUCGCCCUCGCACCACCGGCACACGGACAUUGAGGGCGCGGAGGCGGCUGCUGGAACCGCCUGUGACAAAGCGAACUACAUUCGUGGCCAGCUAAAGGUGGAAUCAUCGGAUGUGUAUCAGAUUGUGGAUGCGCUGCGUCGGAAUACGAAUCUUAGCUUUGACCUGUCGUGCGAGGCGCUGCGUGUGGUGUUGACCAGCCUGGAGCAGCUGUACAACGGUUCCAUCAACCCGUACCUGGAGGCCGUCGCCGUCCAUGUCACCGGCAAGGUGCCUACGCCCAAAGAGCUACUGGGCAUCACGCACGACUCGAAGCGACUGCAGUAUCUGUUUGGGCAGCUGGCGGACUGCAAAAACGACACGGAACAGCGCACCUGGAUGCUGUACGAGGACGAGGAGGAUAUCAUUCAGUUCCUCGAGGAGUUGGUUGAGAUACUGAACAAUGCGGACGAGAACAUUAGCUGCUAUGAAAUGUCCUGCGACCAGUACCAGAUGUUCAUCAAUCUGGUUCAGUACUAUCAAAUGGAAACACGCUGGUCCAUCAAGCGCCUGCUGCUCCGGACAUUCACCGCCGCCUGUCAUCUGGAUCACAUUAUUGUGGACAUAUUGCUGACGUCGGUGCUACCGCUAGAGAUUGUGGAAGACAUGAAGACUCACUUUUCCAACCUAGAGCGCUUUAAGCAGCUGGUCAAGAUGCUGACCAUUGUCUUCUCGCUGGGACAACCGAUGCCGGUGAAUCAUCAAGACUAUCUGGGCGUGCACUUUGCCAGCUUUCUGCUGGAGAUCGUCGAGGGCAAUAACCCAGAGCAGCUGGUGGACAUGGUCAUUGCCCUGAUACUGUCCUUCAAUCAGCAAUUCAGCGAAAACACAUACAACGUGAUCAUCGAGGCGAUGCAAAGCCUGCCCACGGCCAAAGUCUUUACCGAGAAGCUGCUGCUUCUGCUCAAUCGGGAGGAUGACCCCACGCGACUGCUGAAGCAUCCGAAUGAGCAUAUGAACACGGUGCUCCGCAUGUUCAUUGACAUCUUCAGCCACCCGGAUACGGCUGGCAUGUUCUACACGAACGAUAUAAAGGUUCUCAUCGACAUUGUGGUGCGACAGCUGUCGGAUCUGGAUGCGGGCAGUGCGACUCGUCCUUGCUACUUGGAGCUGUGCCGACGCAUCCUGCGCAACACAAACUAUCAGGAACACGAGCACCGCAAGCACGAUCUUAUGAAGAUCUUCACACGCAUCUUUUGCGAGGAGACCGAGUGCAGUGCCUCCGAUCAGCAGCUGGUGCGGGAAAUAGCCAACGAAUUUCCACAGCUAUUCAAGGCUUAAACCCAACACCAAACUGAAACCAAAUUAAAGCGUUGCUAGUGAGGCGAGUCAAACAAAACAGCGAGCCAACCAUUAAAAACAAAAACCUUAAAUAUUAUUUAUAGUUCGUAUUGAAAUUUAUUCAGUGCAUUUGUAUUGUUGUGCAUUUGACCUUGGUCCUGAAUACCCCUAACUUCACAAUGCAUUUUGAUCUAUUCCGGAUUGAGGACGCAAGAAAGCAGAGAGCAGAAAACAAGCAACAAGUGAACACACGACUCCCCGUACACAACAUAUAUCUUAUGAUGAAUAUAGUCUGUAAGCUGGGGGCAGGUAACAAAUGUACUAGUUGCAUGUGGAGUAGAUGCAACCUUGUAGCCGGUACCACAUUAGCAAUACACAUAUGUACAUGCAUGCACACGUACAAUAGGUAUGCCUACAUCUACAUAUAUGUAUACAUAGCAAUACGUAUAGUAGGCAUAGGUAGUGUGUGGACAUGCGGAGGGAAUAGCCGUAGCAGUAGUCUACACUAAAUUAUUUUACUAAUUUAGAGACGAUGCUUUUAGCCAGAGAACCAGAGUCAAACAACAAACCAGAAAGAAACCAAACCAAACCCAAACCAAAACAAAACCCUAUUUCAAUUCUAUAGCUAUAAUUGCAAACUGAUUUUGAAACUUUGAAACAGACAAAUUUGACAGACACUCAAUGAAGAUGAUAUUUAUAGCAUAAUUAUACAUACAUAUAUAACGAAAUAUACAUUCAAUUCAUAAGAAAUGGGGAAGGAAAUGUUAAUUGCAAUCUACAAGAAUAAUAACAAUUACGAUAAUUAUAUUAACGAUUAUAUACAUACAUACAUACAUACAUACAUACAAGAUACAUAUAUGACAAGUAUUUGGAGCUAAAGUGCUAAUUUGACAAGACAAACAGACGGAAAAAACCAGUCAUAUGUUAUAUGUAAUAACAGGCAUACGAGUGCAUACAAUGUUGAAUUUGUUUAUAUAAUCUAUGAGGAGAACAGAAACAGAAACUAAAAGAAAAGAAAAGAACAAGGAAUCAUUGAAAAUUGUUAAAGCUCAAAUAUGGAUUGGGAAUGGAAAUGGAAAAAAUGGAGAAGUAGGUGGUUAAGGAGGAACUUAAUUCCGCCUAAAAAACAAGCAAAGAAGGCAAUGCAUUUCUCUCCCUCACUCGCAUACACACACGCACUCUAUUCUCUAUCUAUCUCUCUCUCUCUCUGACUCUCUCUCUAUCACUUUAAGGAAACAAUAUUAAAAUUGUUAUAACUUGAUCUUUUUAUAUAUUCAACAAACGACUACACACACACACACACAUAAACACUUUUACACAGAUCUCUUUCGCUCUGGAGGAGGUCCCGCCUUUCUUCAAGAUAUUAUGAUUUAACAAUUUCAAAUUGUUCGAGAAGCGAUUUCGUUGUUGUUGUUGUCGUUGUUGUUGGAGGCAGCUGUGCAAUAUCUCACAAUUGGUGAAUUUUAUCUACUAUUAAGUUUAUUGUUAGGCAUUGUUAAAUUGUUUAAGCAGAAACUUUUAAUCAAAAAACCUACAUGUGUAUGUAUAUUUGAAUAAUUGCAGUCGAUUUUUGUUCUUGUUGUGUGUUAAAGCCGAAACACGAGCUGCUGCUGAUGCAAAAAGAAACGAAUUUAAUUUGCCAUAAUUUUCGUAGAGAGUAAUAGAUAUUUACAACCAUCAACUAAAAACUAAAACUAAACAAAAUAAACAUUAAAAACGACGACGAAAAAAAAACAAACGAAAUUACGAAUGUGAAACGUGAAUUGUCUUAAAAUCAAUUGCCUACAAAUAAUAAUAUUAAUAACAACAAAUUGUACCUUUCGAUUUUGAAUUAAAAACAAGAUGAACACAAUUAUUGUAACUUAAUCUUAACUUAUUAAUGAUUAUAAGAGGCCAUCGCCACCUCACCCCGUGCACGCACAGCAGCAAUACAAACAAAAAAGACACCCAAUGAAAGUUAAAUAAUACGAGUAACUACAUUACCAAGGAACAACACACGUUUAAGUCAAGCAAAUAGAGCUAAUUUUAAAGAUUGUUAACUUUUCAGUUCUUAACUUUUAAAAACAAACAAGAGACAACAGAGAUCCUACAGCCGAAAAUAGAAUUACACAGUUUUAAAAUGUAUCGGGGAAAACGAACAGGAAAACGAUAUCGAAAUCGCAAUUGUAAAGAAACGAAAUGAUCAAACACAAAUAAAGGUAAAUCUAAUAACUCUGGUUAGUUGUUGGCCAAAAAUGAGUUCAAUAAAUGUGCUUUCAUGAAGAGA